CCCACAACCUUUUUCAAAAGAAAAAGAUUGGAAAAUGAUAAACCGUCUCAAAAAUCAUAACCCCAACACAAUCUUUUUCUCAUCUUUUUCCACGGAUUCCAUUUUUGGGUAAUGAUCUAUGCACUUCAUAUGAUCAGAACCAGUUUGGUUUCAUGCCUGGCAGAUCGACUACAGAGGCCAUUCAUCUCAUGAGGAGGUUAAUGGAAGAGUAUAGGGCUAGGAAGAAGGAUCUCCAUAUAGUGUUUAUUGACCUUGAGAAGGCGUAUGAUAGGGUGCCAAGGGAGGUCUUAUGGAGGUGCCUUGAGGCGAUCAAGGAUAUGUACGAUAAGGCUAUGACCAGAGUAAGGACUUCUGGGGGCGACUCAGAUUCUUUUUCGGUAGGGAUGGGGUUGCACCAGGGGUCUGCCCUUAGCCCUUUUUUGUUUGCCUUGGUGAUGGAUGUCCUAACUCAAGGUGUUCAAGAAGGGGUCCCAUGGUGCAUGCUUUUCGCGGAUGACAUUGUGCUUAUCGACGACACGCGUGAGGGACUAAACGAUAAGUUGGAACUAUGGCGCCUUGCCCUUGAAACUAAAGGUUUCAGAAUAAGUAGGAGCAAGACUGAGUACAUGGAAUGUCGUUUCAGCGGCCGGGAUACAGAAUCAGAGGUGGAAGUCAGGAUUGACUCUCAUCUAGUACCUAAGGUAGACAUGUUUCGAUAUCUUGGCUCGGUAAUCCAGGCUGAUGGGGAGUUAGAUGGGGAUGUUGGACACCGUGUUGGAGUGGCUUGGGCCAAAUGGCGGUUAGCUUCAGGGGUGUUGUGUGAUCCGAAGAUUUCGCCCAGAAUGAAAGGUAAGUUCUAUCGAUCUGUAGUCAGACCUGCUAUGUUAUAUGGGGCGGAGUGUUGGGCGGUUAAGAAGACUCAUGUGCGUCGUUUGCAUGCAGCGGAGAUGCGGAUGUUACGAUGGAUGUGUGGUAAGACAAGGUGGAGCCGGGGGUCUCUUCGAAACAGCCUCCCUACUUCCGAGUAGGGACAAGGAAUAAUAUCCAGUAAUAAUGGUACUACAUUUAG